CAAAAAUUUGCGCGUAGUGUAUUAACAAUGGCUUCGUGUUUAAGCAGUGAAGAUUGCAAUGUGCUAUUGAACAGCUUCAACAAUUAUCGAUUGGAUAAUUUCUCGUUGCAACCAUUUAAUGAAGAGCUGAGAGGUUAUUUGGGAGAGCAUCUGUUGUUAAAAUUGAAUGCGAAGAACGGAGGUGAAGAUAAAAGGUUGACCUUCUUCGUUAAGAAUUCCCGAUGCGAGGGUCUAUGCGACGUGUUCAAAGAUACUAAGUUCUUCGAUAAAGAACACUUCGUGUACAGAUUCUUCAAAGCUGCAAAAUCGAAAAUACCCGAAGUCAAUGUAGAAUGUAUUCCAAAACUGUUCUACACCGUCGACGAAGUCAUCGUUUUAGAAAAUCUUGCAGAAAGAAAAUAUUUCGGGAAUAAGUCGCAUAAAUUCGAUAGAAAUCAUGUAUUGAAAGCACUAGAAUCUACAGCCAAAUUCCAUUCCGUUAGUAUAGCUUUUGAAGAGAGAAGGAGCAAAGAAUUGGGAAGAAAAUAUACGCUGGACGAAGAUUACCAAAAAUACUUUGAUCCUUUUUACAAUUUGAAUACGGAAAGUUCCGGCCACAACUUCAUACAAUCAGUUUUCUAUGGAGCUUUAACACUGAUUGAUGUCCUUUACAAGGAUAAGAAACUCGCUGAGGAUUUCAAAGAGCGUUUACGGAACUUUGUCAAGGAUUAUUUUGAUAUUUUGAAUAAAAAGAACAAUUUUAGAAAGGUCGUUGCUCACGGCGAUCUUUGGGGCAACAAUAUUUUAUUUAAAUAUGAAAACGGAGUUCCUGUCAAGACGAAAUUGAUCGAUUUCCAACUAUUCCGAUAUGCACCACCAGCCCAUGAUGUAACUAUGCUAAUAUACAUGACUGGGACAAGAGAGACUAUUCGGAAACACUGCGAUGAGUAUUACAGUUAUUAUUAUGAUUGCCUUAAAACGGAAUUAAAUCAAUUAAAUUUAGAUGUAAAUUUAAUUUUACCUAUAAGUGAGUAUGAGGAAACUUGCAAAAUGUAUAUGAGAGUUGCCAAAUUAACUUGGCUUGCAUAUCGAGAGACUUCAGAGUCAAAGAACAUAUCGGAAAUAACAAACAAAGAUUUAGAGUCUGUUAUAAUUGGACGCGAGGAUAGGCAGAAAUUUGUAAAGAGAGAAUGCGAAAUCGAUGAAAGCUAUAAAAAGGUCAUGGAAGAAAUAUUGGAAGAUAUACGAUUAUCAUUAAUUACUGACAUUCUAUCAACUGAAGAUUGUUAUAAAGUAAUUAAAAAGAGGAUUGGUACAAGCGAUUACAAACUUGUUGAUUAUCGUAUAAAUUCAUUGAGCGAUUCGGGUGAAAGAGGUGGGUUUUUGGGAGAACAUUACAUAUUAACAAUUGAAAUAGAAAGAGGCACGAGAGAGAUAUUGGAUUUCUUUGUUAAACAGAGUCCAACCACUGAAAGCCAGAAGAAAUUUGCUGAAGAAUCUGGGGCAACGUUUAAAGAGAUGCAAUUUUUCAAAAAGAUAAUUCCAGAUAGUUUAGCGUUUGGUAUAAAAACGCUUGAAGAAGUAGCUGCCAAAUGUUACUUAUCACAAGAGUCCAUGAUCAUUGUUGAUAAUUUGAAAAGCCUUGGAUUCAAGACUGCGAACUUCCGGGAUGGAAUCUGCUUUGAAGACCUGAAAUUGGGCGUUAAAACUAUAGCUAAAAUGCAUGCCAGUGGUUUUCUGUUGGAAGAAAAAUACAAAGAGAAAUACGGCGUCGAUAUUAAACUUAACGAUAUCUACAGUGCCGAAUUUAAAGAAGCCUUUUAUACGCAACAGGAAAGCGCGACCAAUUUAUUACAAGCUGGUGUAAAAGCAAUUAAGGAACAAAUUCAGAUGUUCUCUAAUUACAGCACGAACAUUACUCCAGACGAAUUCUAUUCAAUUGCCUUCAAUCUUUACAGUCGUUUCGAAGAAUUCUGCUCACCUUCGACGAAAUAUAGAAACACGUUAUGUCACGCUGAUUUGUGGUGUAACAAUAUAAUGUUAUCAGAGGACAAUUGCAUUUUGGUUGACUUUCAGUCGUACCGGUAUUAUCCUCCAGCUUUCGACCUAAUGGAACAUAUAUACUUAUCAACCUUAAGAGAAGAUCGUCGUUUGUACCUGGACAAACUUCUCGACAUUUACUACGAUAAAUUUAAAUCGAUAGUAGAAUCUUAUGGAUAUCCAGUUGAAAAUUUGUUAACGCGCAAAGAAUUCUUGAAAAGUUGCGAAGAAGGUAAGCGGUUCGCUGCGCUCCAAAGCGUUACGCAUCGCCAAAACGUUACUAUUUCUUCGCAAGUUAUGCAAGAGAUAUUCCAAAGAGAGGAUUUUCUUAACACACUUUUAUUCGUGGAUCGCAGUGAACAUGUGCGUGUUCAAUGCGAAACCGACCCAAUUUACAGGAAGAUAGUUAAGGAUGGAACCGACGAAUUGAGAGAACUCUGCGAGAAAGUUGCAACUGAAAACAAAUUGUCAAAUAGUUAAUUAAAUAAAUUUAUAUAGAAACA